AUGAGAGAUCAACGUGAUGAGAAGAUGCGUCGUAUUGCAGAGUUACAAUCAAAUAAUCAGCAGCUAAGUGUCCAAGCACAGGAGUUAGCACAUCAACUUCUGCAGCUGCAAAGCGCGAAUAAAGAAACGGUAGCAAGAAAAGCUGAAUUGGAAGAGCUAAGGAAGCGAAGAGAUGCUGCCAAAAAAACCGAGGAGUACGAGACUGCACGAGCAGAGCUGGUAAAGGCACGCGAUGAUUAUCGAAGAGUGCUGCAUACACUUGCCGAUUUACAGACGCAGGCUCGCACAAAAUUAUCGGAACGAGAUGCGGAGAACGCAAGGCUCGCAGCGGAAGCUAAGGCCAAAGAAGAAGCUGAACGGGAGCUUGAAUGUAGACGUCGUGCAGCCGAGGAAGCAGCUAGUGCUGUUCAAGCGCAGGCAUUCGGUGAAGUGUUCCCGGCUCCUACUGCUAAUGCAACGACUAAUGAAUCAAGUAAUAACAGAGCUGAAGCACCUGUGAAACAAGAUAGCGUGUCUGGCAAUGCAUUGCCACUAGCCAGCGCUGAAGGCACGACAAAGUACCGUGCACUGUUUGAAUUCAACGCCAGGAGUGAGGACGAGUUGAGUUUCCAGCCAGGUGACGUCAUCUUGGUCGGAUGGUUCCCUGAAGCGUUUGCUGAGCCUAUUGCCCAUGUUCAGUCUGCUCUAACGCAGCCCAUCCAAAACAUGCCACCAAACGUCACUCCAUCACCGUCUCUAGAUCGCAUUCCUGAAGAAUCAGUGGUUAAAUCGGUUGUUGCGCCAGCAGAAACUACGACACAAGAGACUCCUGUAACUGUUAUAUGCUCAUGUGUAGCUCAGUUCCCAUGGAAGGCACGCAACGAAGGCGAUCUGUCGUUCGCAAAGGGCGAUCCUAUUGAGAUCAUCGAGCAACAGGAAAUGAAGUGGCGGGGCCGAAAGGCAGACGGAUCUGUUGGAUGGUUCCCAAAGAGUUAUGUGAAAGUAGUAAGCCAAGGUGCCACGAGUUCGCAGCCAUCAUCAGCUGCUCAAUCGGUCGACAAGUCAACACCGGUUGCUGGCUCCCCCACGGCUGGCUCAGCGACGCCAACUGGAAAGACCACCAACAGUGGCAGUGGAAGUGCUUCUAGACAAAUGUCAACGUCAAAUUCGUCCCAACAAGUGAACAUUCCGCAGUCACAAUCGAAACAUUCUUUGAGUUCACAGACUUCCAAAGGCAUGUUUUUUCCAGUAGUCAAACAAGUUCUAGAGUUUGUUGGAACUGCAUCAGAACCAGCACCCGUAGCGGCUAGCUGGUAUGUGGCAAUGUUUGAUUUUGAUGCAGUUGAACCAACUGAUUUGUCGCUGAAAGUCGGGGAUCGAAUCAUGGUGCUUGAGCAAAACGACGACUGGUGGAGAGGACGCUGUAAUGGCCGUGAGGGAAUUUUCCCUGCUAAUUACGUACAAAAAUGUGAAACACCGACAGCAGCGUCGAUUCCGAUAUUGUGUCGAGCUCGAGCAGUGGCCGACUUUGAGGCGACGGCGGCAAACCAGCUGAGCUUGCGAACGGGCGAUAUAGUAUCCGUUCGUGAAAAGAGCGCCACUGGCUGGUGGGAAGGCGAACUACAACGUGAUGGACACACCUGUGCUGGGUGGUUCCCUGGUGACUACGUCAAUCCUAUCGCGAAUGGGAAAGCCGCUGAGACAGGCAAUCAGAACACAGCCACCGCUCUAUUUGACUACGUAGCUGGUCAGUCGGACGAGUUGUCGUUUCGUGCUGGUGAUGUGAUUGUGAUUGUGGAAAAGAAAGACGCCGAUUGGUGGGCGGGGCAUAAAGUUGACACGCCCAAUGUUCGUGGUCUCUUCCCAGCGAAUUAUGUCCAGUUGAGGUGA